GCUCGCAGUAUCAGCCAUGAUUUGAUGUGCGCAUGCACCCCAAUCAUUCUCCUUCCAUCAAGAUUAAUCAUCGUCCAGCGAUGAAGCUCGAGUUGUGUAACUACAGUGGGUACAAAAUCUAUCCUGGCCAUGGCAAGAGGUACUGUCGGUUGGAUGGAAAGGUCUUCAACUUCCUUAACAAGAAAUGUGAGAGGGCCUUGCUAAUGCACCGCAACCCACGAAAGAUCACGUGGACUGUUUUGUAUCGCCGAAAGCACAAAAAGGGCACCACUGAGGAAGUCACCAAAAAACGAACAAGGCGCAACAUUAAGUUCCAGCGUUCAGUUCAGGGGGCUACUCUAGAGAACAUCCUAGCCAAACGAAACCAAAAGCCUGAAGUAAGAAAAGCCCAGCGGGAACAAGCUAUCAGGUUGGUGUGCAACUUAAUCUGGAAAUCUGUAUCUCCCUUUAGUACCAGGAAGCAGGUCAAGGCAAUCUCACUUUAAGGCAUUUCACAUGUU